ACCGCCCGGAGGAGCCGCCGCCGCUCAUCCAACGGGCUAACCGUGGUAAACCUGAUCCAAAUGUCCUCAGCUUUCUCGUAUCGCUGAGACUAGCCUUUGUCAACCGCUCAGAUGCUCCCAACUGAGUUCCAUUUUACCGACGGCCCCAAUGGCGAAGCGAUUCCUCUUCCGUAUCAAUUCCUUCAUACGCUACGAUGAUAAAAGUGACACGUAUCAGCAUCUCCUAAAAGGCUUACUCUGUAGGCGCCUCUCGCAACGGCAUCAAGGGGAGUAUAAGAAGAAGGUGGGAGUAAGUGAUUUGCACGAGGAUCCCACUCUGCAACAUCCUGGAUUGCCCAAGCCAGGUUUCGAUCCGGAGGUUGUCAGAGAGAGCUGUGACGAUGACGAUUCGAGCUGGCGAAAGUGGAAGGUAGAAUUUGCUUGGCUUUCUAAAGCUCUGGAACCGGCUUUGCAGCUUUACAAGUGGGCAUCCACUGCAGGAAUUGGGGAAAAGCCGGUAAUACCACCAAGUACAAGAACUCUCUUUGAGAUCCUUACAGACCUUCAAGCUAGUAAAGCUGGAAUCCAAGAAUGGAGUUUAAGUGACCUUACAGUUGGUCUGUACCUUAUCCACCUGAGUCAAGCAUCAGCUACAAAGGUUGAAGAUUUCAAGGGUGUCCAGAUUCAAUCCGAGUCUGCGGUUCAAGAACUCAUUUACCAUCUUGAGCUGGCUAAGGGAUGUUAUAGAGAUAGCACAUCAAGCAUUGCACGACAAUGCAUGCUUCGAGAAAGGAACAUUCUGAAGUUUGUGAAAGAUUCCAGUUUAUUACGCCCUGGAUACUAUAUUGGUGUAGAUACUAGAAAUAAAUUAGUAAUACUUGCAAUUCGUGGUACUCACACUGUGUAUGACCUUAUAACUAAUCUGGUUGCUUCAAGUGAUCAAAAUGUGUCAUUUGAUGGCUUUUCUACUCAUUUUGGAACUGCUGAGGCUGCUCGCUGGUAUCUACACCAUGAAAUGGGAGCCAUUAGAAAGCUCCUAGUGAAGCACAGAGAUUUUAGGUUGAGGCUAGUUGGACAUUCUCUUGGAGGUGCAGCUGCUGCAUUGCUUGCUAUCAUGCUACGAAGAAAGCCGGCUAAGGAACUUGGGUUCAGUCCUGACAUUAUCUCUGCUGUUGGAUUUGGAACUCCGCCUUGUGUAUCGAAGGAGCUAGCUGAAAGCUGUGCUAGCUAUGUCUCCACCGUAGUGCUGCAGGAUGAUAUAAUUCCAAGGUUAAGUGUAGCUUCGCUUGCUAGAUUGCGUAAUGAGAUUCUUGAAACUGAUUGGAUGACUAUUUUAGAGAAGGAAGACUGGAAAGUAAUUGCAGAACUGGUAACAAAUGCAAAACAUGUUGUUUCUUCAGUUCAAGAUGUAGCUCGGAAACUUGCAGCUUAUGCAACAAAGUUUAGGAAAGUUUCAAAUUCCUCUGAAAUUUCCCAGAUAAAAGAGUCGAUUCACCAAGAAACAAAAGCUGUUGAUAGCGCCAUUGAUAAACAGAACGAUAGGAUUUUGGAGGAGCUAUACUUGCCUGGGACCCAAUAUUUCUUGAGAAGGGAGAUGGACAAAGGCAGCUCAGAUGAUAUAGUUAAUGAGAGGAGCAAAGAAUUUUACACACUGUGGAGGAGGAAUUCAGGAGAGCAUUUUCGAAGGAUUUUGCUUUCUGGCAACUUGAUAUCAGAUCAUAAAUGCGAAAAUCACUAUUAUGCUCUCAGGGAUGUGCUCAAAGGCCUGCCAGUUUCUGAUAGGAGGACAGUCUUUUAAAUUUGAUUUUCCUUGAUUCAUAUUAAUAAAUCAAACCCUUACUUUUCAUAGUUAUUUUAUUUUAUUUUAUUUUAUUUAUUUUUAU